UUUUAAAUCCCACCACAGCUUAACAAAACAACUGUAAUUAUGUUAUUCAUGCAAUUUCACUGAUUAUAAAAAAGCUCUUUGCCUGGCACUGCUUAGUGUUGAAACUGUCUUUGUGGCCCUUUUAUGAAUGACUUUGUAUAUUUCCUGUUUCUGAGGGUUCCUCUAGUCUAUAAACCCUUUAGCAGUGACUGCACUGGGUCAUAUGUUACAGCCCUGCAUAGCCUGUACAAUCUGCUAAUUGAGAGGAACAGCGCCAGUGCCAUCUUCAGAUUGGGAUACUCUGAUGACCACCAUGGGGGGCUUCCUUGAUGACUUAUUUGAGGGUUAUAAUGAGACCAACUAUGACCCCGAAUGCUGCCUCGAUGGUUUGGGUGAUGAUAAUGUGCUCUAUAACACCGACUGUUGCCACAAUGGUUUGGGUGAUGUAUGUGACCAUGACGACAGCAUGCGUUUUGAGGCAGUGUUCAUCCCAGUUCUCUACUCCGUGGCACUGGUUGUGGGCCUUCUGGGGAAUGGGCUGGUACUGGGGGUACUGGCUCAGAGAAAGCGAGUCUGGAGCGUGACAGACAACUUCAUCCUCCACCUGGCUGUGGCAGACAGCCUGUUGCUGUUGACGUUGCCAUUCUGGGCUGUGGAAGCUGCCCAGGAGGAGGGAUGGAGCUUUGGGACCCCACUUUGCAAGAUCACUGGAGCCAUGUUCACGAUCAACUUCUACUGUGGGAUCUUCCUGCUGGCAUGCAUCAGUCUGGACCGCUACAUGUCCAUUAUCCACGCUACCCAGAUGUACUCCCGUAGGAAGCCCUGGCUAGUCCACGCCAGCUGCCUGUCAGUGUGGCUCUUCUCCCUGCUCCUCACCCUUCCCGACUGGGUCUUCCUUGAGGCUGCGGCAGAUGACAGACGGAGCAAAACAGAGUGUGUGCAUAACUACCUGCUUUUCUCUCAGUCGGCAUCUAAGUGGCGGCUGGCAUCACGCCUGCUCUACCACUUGGUGGGCUUCCUGCUACCUUCAGUUGUCAUGCUCUUCUGCUAUUCCUGCAUCCUGCUGCGCCUAAUGCGUGGCUCCCAGGGCCGGCAGAAGCAGAGAGCCAUCAGGGUCAUCCUGGCCCUAGUGGCAGUCUUCUUUCUCUGCUGGACGCCAUACAACAUCACACUCAUGGUGGACACAAUUCAGUCCAACAGCACCCGUGAGGGCUGUGGGAUGAAAACACAUCUGGAAAAGGCCUUAACAGUCACCUCCUCCCUGGGCUACCUCCACUGCAGCCUCAAUCCAGUCCUCUACGCCUUUGUGGGUGUGAAGUUCCGGCGUCAGCUUCUGGACAUCCUGAGGUAUCUGGGCUGCAGGCUGAAGAUGGGUGCCAGCUUCAAAUCUGCUGCAAGCAGUAGGAGAAGCUCCACGUGGUCUGAAUCUGCAGACACUUCCAACUCUAUUGCUAUCUGACAGAUGUCUGUCUGUGAGACAGAUGUACAGCACACAAAACCUGAGCAAGCUGGCAGCAAACUAAGAGACAGAGACUUGAACCAGACUCAUCUUUAUGUAAACAUACAUACUGCGCAGCCUGUUCUCACAGGCUGUGCUUUCUGUAAAGUUUCCCUUGCGUACAGUGUUUCUGUCUUGCUGUACUGAACAAGAACAUAACCCUGAGCAAAAAAGUAAAUCUAGUUUGGAGCCUGAAGUCAUACUUUUGUGUAGAAAAGCCAUUGUGAAGUAUGAUAGAAAAACAUGUUUUCCUUUAUAUAAGCAUGUACAGCAUAGAUUAAGCAUAGAUAUGAAAUAUUUUACUCUGUAAUUAUCAAAUUACAUUUUUUUGUACUUUUAUACAACAAUAUAGCCUAUUGCAUUACAUUUUUACAUUUACAUAUAGAACCUUGAAAUACUGAAUAAACUUAUUUUUUUAUUUCAUGA